AUGUUGUUUAACCCAUGCUAUCCUGAAACAGACAUUAAACGAAGGAACAGACUAAAUGGUGGACUAAUAGAGAAAAUUCAGUUCUGGAUCCUAACUGUGGUUCUUUCUGUUGUGGGGUCUCGCGUUGCAUCUCUAAUAGUUUUAGAGUUCUCCCUCAGAACCAUUUCAGCACGGAUCACAGGAGGAUCAGACUCAAUAAUGGACCCAUUGUUACUUAUGAUUAUCCAGUGCCAGUUCUCCUUGGGCUGCGCACUAACCUGCAGCCUUAAUUUCCUCCACGAGGGGGCACCGCAAGGCUGGCUAAGCCUCCUCCUUGCAGCUGGACUGAGCUGGUUCUUGGCAAGCAGGUGCAGCAGAGUAUGGCGACAUGUAAAUACAAUGUAUCCAAUACACAGUUCACAACGCUAUUGUGGACUUUGCAUUGGACUAUUAACCACUGGCACGUCUAUAUUAGCCUGGCUAUGCAGUGCCCUAAUUAUAACUUUUAGCGUAUCUGGAAUUGCUGCCAUAUCAAACAUAAACCAACACUUUCUAUCAACCACCGAGGCUCUGAAAUUUUGGACCCCACUCACAAUCUGCUACACUCUGCUGGUUGUGUACAUGAAUGAGGAUCGACAUCAACCGCCCGGCCAACAGAUUCUCAAUACAGUCAUUGUGCGCCUGGGUGGGCUUUUCGUGUUACUGAUUACAGUGGGCAGCUGGUCAGAUGUACUCCAUGUUCUAAUCUGCUUCACUGGUGAAGCUGUGUGCCUGUUACCAUCUCAAGACCUUUUGGAAGCCAUAUAUCAGCAUGUCACCUGUAAAGGCCCAUUAAAAAGCCAUGGAAAACGCGAGGAACAAAGGACAUUGGAAAGGAAACUGGACUAGGCUUGGAUGAAAACAAACUUGACCUAUACAGCCUGUAUAUAUAUAUUAUAUAUAUUUGGAUAAAAGUGU